CAAGAUCCGACUUCAGGUGAAAGAGGUGCACACCCCUAUACCUUCUUAGGUCGUCUACUCGAAAAUGUCCUCGAUGAUUACUCUCGGAGAUUCGCCUGUCAUAGCAGCAUGGUUGGUGAAGUGAAAGGCUUAAUGAUUCCAAGAAAAGAUGUUUACAGAUGCCAAAACAACCAUGGUGUUCAUUCCAUUCCCUAUAAUGAGCCACCUGGUGUCAGCAGUAGACACUGCCAAGCUCCUCGCCGAUCGAGACGACCGCCUCUCCAUUACCAUCCUACUUAUGAAGCUUCCCGUGGACACCAAGAUCAGUUCAUACACUAAAAAUUCUCCCCACCCUCGGAUCAACUUCCUACACCUGCAAGAAAACAAGUCCGUCACAUCAGGGUUGAUCGGAGCCAAGAACCGGACGCUUCUGUUCGUGGAGAGCCAGAAAGGAAGACUUGCUGGUUUCGUGCUUGACAUGUUCUGUACUCCCAUGAUUGAUGUGGCUAAUGAGCUCGGUGCCCCGGCUUACAUCUUCUUCCCCAGUGGAUCAGCUUUUCUUGGGCUUGUGUUGCACCUCCAGAGCUUGAGCGACGAUCAUGGCAAAAACUUGAAAGAGUACGAGGAUUCAGAUGUGGAGAUCUCUAUUCCAACUUAUGUUAAUCCAGUACCUGCAAAAGUGUGGCCUGCUAAAGUAUUCGACAAGGAGACUGGUUUUCUAGAUUUUAUCAGAAGAUACAGAGAGAGCAGAGGGAUCAUCGUGAACACCUUUCUUGAAUUCGAGCACCACGCAAUUAGCUCGCUCUCUGCUGAUCCCAGAAUUCCUCCAGUUUAUCCAUUAGGGCCAAUGAUUCAAGGGGGAGGUGAAGAAACUGAUGAGAACAAGAGGAAGCGUGAGGAGAUCAUCGCGUGGCUGGACGAGCAUCCCCAUUCAUCAGUUGUGUUUAUCUGCUUUGGCACCAAUGGAAGUUUUGAGGGCGAUCAGGUGAAGGAAAUUGCUACUGCGCUGGAGCAGAGUGGAGUCCGGUUUCUAUGGUCGUUGAGAAAGCCACCUCCUGAAGGUACAAUUGAGUUUCCAGGGGAAUAUGAGAACCCUGAACAAGUAUUGCCUCAAGGGUUCCUCAGAAAUACUAAUGGAAUCGGGAAGGUGAUCGGGUGGGCCCCCCAGAUGGCUGUGCUGUCUCACCCUGCUGUGGGAGGAUUUGUGUCGCACUGUGGAUGGAACUCGACUCUGGAAAGUCUGUGGUGUGGAGUGCCUGUGGCAGCAUGGCCGCUGUCUGCAGAGCAGCAGACCAAUGCAUUCCUGCUAGUCAAAGAGUUCGAAAUGGCGGUUGAGGUCAAAAUUGACUACAGGAAGGAAAGUAAUGUUAUCGUGGCUGCAGGAACGAUAGAGAGUGCAAUUAGGCAGCUGAUGGACCCGGAGAACAAGAUCCGACUUAAGGUGAAAGAGCUGCACAACAAGAGUAGACUGGCCCUAGAAGAAGGAGGCUCGUCCUAUAACUUCUUAGGUCAUCUGAUAGAAAAUGUUAUGGAUAAUACUCAUUGAAGUCUAGCCUGUCUGGUGAAGUGAAUGUACUAGAUUGAGAGUUCCCAGUCAUAUCAUUUGCAAGAAGCUAAAACAGCAUUUCCUAAAUCUCAGUCUUGUUUCUCUACACUUGUGUUAGAGCUUCUCAUUGUAUUAUAUUCAUAUGAAUUGAAUGCAUUUUGGUUUUGGCAAA